AUGAGCCAAGUGCGAAAUCGGAGCCGUAAAAUUGAUGCUACACAUCCUUUCUUCCUUUAUAUAAUUAAUCUCUCUAUUUCUCAUUGUCUUUUUCCUUCGCUUCUCGUUGACGUUUUCCCCUCUCUUUCUUAUUAUCAUACCAUCAUUUUUCUUUUGCUUUUUUUUUUUCACAGCAUCUCUUUCUUUUUCCAUAUAUUUUUCUUUUCUUUUUCUUUAACCAUACUCUUUCUUUUUUUUUCUUUACUUUUUGUUCUCCUUCCUCUUGCUUUUCACCACUUUCCUUCUUUCUUUUUUCUUUCAUGGUUUCUUCUUUCCUUUAAAAUUGCUUUCUUUCUUUCCAUCACACAUUCUUAUUCUUUUGUAUUUUUUAUUUUUUCCAUAUUUCUCUUUCUUUCACAUUUUUCUUUCACGUUUUUCUUUCACAUUUUUCUUCUUUCACAUUUUUCCUUCUUUCACAUUUUUCUUUUACAUUUUUCCUUCUUUCACAUUUUUCUUUCUUUCACAUUUUUCUUUUACAUUUUUCUUUCUUUCACAUUUUUCUUUCACGUUUUUCUUUUACAUUUUUCCUUCUUUCACAUUUUUCUUUCUUUCACAUUUUUCCUUCUUUCACAUUUUUCUUUCUUUCACAUUUUUCUUUUACAUUUUUCUUUCUUUCACAUUUUUCUUUCACGUUUUUCUUUUACAUUUUUCCUUCUUUCACAUUUUUCUUUCUUUCACAUUUUUCUUUUACAUUUUUCUUUCUUUCACAUUUUUCCUUCUUUCACAUUUUUCUUUCACAUUUUCCUUUACAUUUUUCCUUCUUUCACAUUUUUCUUUCUUUCACAUUUUUCUUUCUUUCACAUUUUUCCUUCUUUCACAUUUUUCUUUCUUUCACGUUUCUUCACAUUUUACUUUCUUCCACAUUUUUCUUUCGUUCAUAUUUUUCCUUCUUUCACGCUUUUUUUUUCUUUCACGUUUGUGUUUCUUUCACGUUUUUUUCUUUCUUUCUUUUACAUUUUCUUUUUUUUUUCACAUUUUUUACGCUUUGUUCUUUGUUCUUUUCUUCUUUUUUAUUUUUCAUUAUUCUUCUUCCUUUCGUAUUUUCUUUUUUCGUAUUUCGUUAAUUUGUUCUUUUUGCUUUCUUUAUAUUUUAUCUUUCCUUGUCUCUUAAUUUACUUUUUUUCUUUCUUUCUCUUUUUACAUACUCUCUCCCUUUCUUUUUUCUUUUACAAUUUAGUUUCUCCUUUUCAUUCUGCUUCCCUUUUUUCCUUCAUACUUCCUCCCCACUCGCCUCCACUGCUGCCGCUAGCUUUUGCCACCCGACCACCACCACCACCAUCACUUCCAUCUAUCGGACUUACAACUUCGAAUUCUUAUGCGUGUAAAUACACGUCCAUAAUACGAAACUAUACUGGGAAUCUAUCUAUCUAUCUAUCUAUCUAUCUAUCUAUCUAUCUACACACACACACACACACACACACACAUAUACACACACACACACACACACACACAUAUAUAUAUGUCUCUUCAUAUCUAUCUAUCUAUCUAUCUAUCUAUCUCUCUCUCUCUCUAUAUAUAUGUCUUUUCACAUCUAUCUAUCUAUCUCAGUCUAUCUCAUUGAGUCCAUAUCUAUCUAUCAAUCUAUCCAUCUAUCUCAUUGAGUACUCUCUCUCUCUCUCUCUCUCUCUCUCUCUCUCUCUCACUAUCUAUCUAUCUAUAUAUGAAAUUCCUCUUCACGCUCACACACACUAA